AUUUUGAAAAAUGAUUUCUAUUAUGCAAUUUAUGUUCAAAUAAUUUUUGUUAUAUGAGAUAAGAGUAUGAUAGCCUGACAAAUGCGCAAACUUUCUCUUGUAUUCAGUACGUGUUGAUUUUUCGAUCGUAAACCUAAUGAUGGAAGCAAAAAUUGAUUUAACUUCUGAGCCAAUUUGGCAAAAAUUGGAAAAUUAUAUGGCUAAAAAUGGAGACAAAAUUAAUAUCAAAGAUUUAUUUCAAAACGACUCCCAACGCUUCACAAAGUUUAGUCUUAAAUUAAAUACACCUCAUGAUGGUGACAUUUUAAUAGAUUUUUCAAAAAAUCGAAUUACCGAUGAAUUAUGGAGUUUAUUGUUAGAAUUAUCUAUCUCGCGUGGUGUGACAAGUUCACGAGAUGCUAUGUUUAAUGGAGAUCGAAUAAACAGCACAGAAAAUAGAGCAGUGCUUCAUGUAGCUUUGAGAAAUAGAAGCAAAAACCCGUAUUAUGUUGAUGGUCAAGAUGUUACUCCCAAGGUAAAUGCAGUUUUAAAACACAUGCAGGAAUUUAGUAAUCAAGUUAUUUCCGGUGUUUGGAAAGGGUAUACUGGCAAAAGAAUUACAGAUGUUGUUAAUAUUGGAAUUGGUGGAUCAGACUUAGGACCACUGAUGGUUUGUGAAGCCUUAAAACCAUACUCAAUAGGUCCAAACGUACAUUUUGUGUCAAAUAUUGAUGGAACACAUCUAGUCGAGGCAUUGAAGAAGAUUAAUCCAGAAACAACUUUAUUUAUAAUAGCUUCAAAAACAUUUACUACUCAAGAAACUAUGACCAAUGCAUUAUCUGCAAAGGAAUGGCUAUUGAAAUACUCCAAUGAGCCAUCUGCUGUUGCUAAGCAUUUCGUAGCUCUGUCUACUAAUUCUAGUAAAGUGCAAGAAUUUGGAAUAGAUACGCAGAAUAUGUUUGAAUUCUGGGAUUGGGUUGGAGGAAGAUAUUCUUUAUGGUCUGCAAUUGGUUUAUCCAUUUGCUUAUCAAUAGGUUUUGAAAAUUUUGAGAAAUUAUUAGAAGGUGCUUAUUUCAUGGAUGAACAUUUUAAAAAUGCACCUUUGCAUCAAAAUGCUCCAAAUAUUUUGGCUCUGCUAGGUGUUUUGUAUAACAAUUUUUAUGGUGCAGAAACAUAUAGUUUGUUGCCAUAUGAUCAAUACUUGCAUAGAUUUGCUGCUUAUUUCCAACAGGGCGAUAUGGAAAGCAAUGGUAAAAGUACUACACGCAGGGGCAACCAUGUGAAUUAUAAAACUGGUCCAAUUGUAUGGGGUGAACCAGGUACCAAUGGUCAACAUGCAUUCUAUCAACUAAUUCAUCAGGGAACAAGACUGAUUCCUUGUGACUUUAUCGUCCCUGCUAAAUCACACAAUCCCAUUGGCAAUGGCAAACAUCACAAAAUUUUAUUAGCUAAUUUUCUAGCGCAAACAGAAGCUUUAAUGAAUGGAAAAACUGAACAACAGGCCAGAAAUGAAUUACAAGGCAGUGGCUUGAAUGAAAUAGAAAUUAAAGCUUUAUUACCACAUAAAAUAUUUGAAGGUAAUAGACCGUCUAACUCAAUAGUUGUGACCAAAGUAACACCUUUCAUUUUAGGUGCUUUAAUAGCACUUUACGAACACAAGAUAUUUGUUCAAGGAAUAAUUUGGAAUAUUAAUUCCUUUGAUCAAUGGGGUGUAGAAUUAGGAAAACAGUUGGCCAAAAUUAUUGAACCAGAAUUGGAGAAGCAAGGAAUACCUGGAGCACAUGAUUCAUCUACAUUGGGCUUAUUGAACUUUUUAAAAAGAAAUAUGGAUUAAAUUUUUUUUAUUUUCAUAAUUUUUUAUACAAAAUAAAAUAUAUUGGUGUAAGAAAAA